CCCUUACGCCCCAUUCUUUACCUUACGCCCCAUUCUCACCCUUUUUUUUACCUUACACCCCAUUUCGUCCUAUUCCUUUCCCUGCAACCUUUUUUAUCCCAUUCUUUUCACUACCCCCAUUCCCCUCAACGCCCCAUUCCGUCCCAUUCUUUCCCUUACGCCCCAUUCUCCCAUUUUUCGCCUGUCGCCUUUCGUUUGUCAUGCCCCGUCCGCCACAGCAGCGAUUGCAGGAGCAAUCCGCGAAGGCGUCGAAAAAAGCUCGACAAUUGCAAGAGAAAGUCAAAGAGAACGGCUUCCAUUUUAGCCCUCGAGGUGAUCAUACCAAGUUUGUUAUUGAGUGGGCGCGAGUCCGGUACGACGGCAAGACAGGUCCGAAGCAGGCGUUGCGCCUCGACGUUGGUUGUGCCUUACAAACCGCUUCGGGGACCGUCAAGUUCUUGGAAAACGCGGAAGAUGCAGAGGUUCUCACAAAGUUCCGUGCGGAUGCAAAUGCCCUGUUCGUGCGUCUCGACAUCAAUUCUUGCUUUCGAUACCUGAGUGCCCUCGUCGAACCGGAACCCGAGCUAGCCGCGUGUUUUCUGAUCGAGUUGGCUACACAGUACACGAAAUAUUUCGAAAAGUGUGUUAAACUCGUGCCGGGCUUGGCGGGAUCCCUUGACCAUAACACGGCGAAUCGCCACGAGGCCGGCUCGCCGUCCUCUCCUCCCAGCCCGUUUGCGCCAGAUCAAUCGUCCUCCGCCGCACACGCCUCGACCCAUCCGCCGCCGCCAACUUCUACCCAGAACGACCCCGCCCCGCUUCCGCCGCCGAAACGGCAACAGCCCCAGGCGGGGAACCCCGCCAGACGACAAAGGGUUCUAUCCCACGCAGCCUCGCCGCCGUCGACCGAACCGGCCGGACUCCUAGCCGACCAGCCGCCUCCAUCGUCAGGUCCAUCUUCCCCCCCGACACAAUCUGCGGCCCUGUUUUCCGACGGGGCCAAGACGCCGUCCCUUCCGACCUCGACUACCACCUUCGCCCCUGUCCCUGACCAUCCGCCGCAUACCCCAAACUCCCCAAGUCUGCCGGUGGCCCCGCCCGCCCUCGCGGCCCGCCCCAAGGACACCGCAAACGGCACAACGUCUGCCCCCGACAUUCAGCUGGACGGUUCGCAUUUAUUCCCUGGUUCGAACUUGCCUCCCUCGUCCUCCCUCCCGAACCCAACUGCAGCGCCUCAAGUCCGGCCCGACGACGCCACCACGUCAGCGACAAUCCAGACCAAAAAGCGGAAGGCAGCCAAUGUGUCCGUGCAGACCAAACGACCUAGGCGCAGACCUCGCAAGCAGGAUGUGGCAGCCAUUUCAGCCCCGUCGCGAAUGGCUCCAUCAGCCGAAACCGAAACGUGUCCGCCGACCGCUUCCAUCGGUGCCGCAUCAUUCAAUGGCGCCCAGGCGAACCAGCAGCCUACGCCUCCCCCACCGAUCCAAUCCGCGGCCGCGUCUCCCGACACCAACGCAGCUCCCAAACACCCCAGUGCCAGGACUGAGCCACCGUCCCUCCGGACCCCGACUUUGAAUAGCACCCCAUCACAAGGCUCGUCACCGUUUGCCCAUUCGAACCAACCGCCCGCAGGCGAACGCGAAAACGCAGGGAACAGCGGAGCGCCUUCGCCUGGGAACACGACCACCCGUUAUGGGCCAGCCCCUCCUCCCGCGGUCGAAACGCUUCAAUUGGCAGAACAGGUGCGCGUCGGCGCCGCGUCACAAGGCCUCGGUGACUGCCAUCAGCCCUCUCGGCCUCCCCACCCAACCCCAGGCCCCAUUCAGCUGGCACCGCAGUUGCCGGACAACACAAGUCCAGCUUCGUCAACUGGGCCGAGCCCUUCCUCCCCAAACCCCGACAAGGUUCACCGCUUCACAGGAUAUCUACUUUCCGCCGCCGAUGAGUUCUUUACUGAAGAAUGCAUAAAGAUGUUGGCUCCACAAGGGAUUGUAGGCCAACCUCGGCGAGGACAAUCAAUUAAUGCUACUCUUGAGCAUGGAGUUCUCACUUUGGGUAUCCGUUUACGGAACGAUCGGCCGGACUUCAACCUCCAGGAAGCGCAUUUAAAGGGAAAGCUUUUGACCGCUGUAAAGUGGUGGCAAUUUGAGAAUGAGAAGGCAUCAAUCAUCCGCGAGACACACGGAAUCCUUAUCCGAGUUCAUUUUGGUGGCGCAGGAUAUUUAGUGGCCAAGGCUCUUUUCUUCCAUGAUGAAGAUAUGCAAGAGUCCUAGGUAAACCAAACCCACGCAGUACCGACGAACACCUGGACUACCUCCCCUGUGGGAACACAAAUUUCCUUAUGGCCGCCCUUUUUUAACUCCUCCUUGGCCACAUAGUUAUCACCUAUCCCUAUGACGAACGCGCCAGCUUGCCAAUGAAGUGUCACUGUUUCUUUUAUUUCGAAAGUCGUUUCAUUUUCGAUUUUUGUGGGCUUUAUCUGUUAGUUUAUUCGAAAGGAAAUCGCGAUCCCGAUGGAGACGCGCUCACCUUUGUAGGCAAACCCAUUGCUAGAUAGCCUUAGGAGGAUUCAAUCGGUCGGCAAAACUGUGUAUGAUCGAAUUCGUUUUUGUGGGUUUUUUUUUCUGUUUUCU